AUGGAUCCGGUAACGGCCCACGGCCAUAAUUCCCUGCCACCGCCGUUCCACACCAGAGACUUCCAGCUCCACCACCAAUUCUCCCAACACCACCACCAACAACAACAACACCAACACCAGCAGCAACACCAGCAGAAUUCAGAGGACGAGCAGAGCGGCAGCAGCAGCGGCCUCAAGUCCCACAAGCGUGACCGAGACGACAACUCCCACAACUCCAACCCCAACGACUCCUCCAGCAGGGACCUCAUGGCCGCCUCAGCCGCCGGCGGAGAGGGCGGCGAGAUCACCCGCCGCCCCCGCGGCCGCCCCGCGGGCUCCAAGAACAAGCCCAAGCCCCCCAUCAUCAUCACCCGCGACAGCGCCAACGCCCUCCGGACCCACCUCAUGGAGGUCGCCGACGGCUGCGACGUCGUCGAGUCCGUCGCCACCUUCGCCCGCCGCCGCCAGCGUGGGGUCUGCAUCAUGAGCGGGACCGGCACCGUCACCAACGUCACCCUCCGCCAGCCGGCCUCCCCCGGCGCCGUCGUCACCCUCCACGGCCGCUUCGAGAUCCUCUCCCUCGCCGGAUCCUUCCUGCCGCCGCCCGCUCCCCCCGCGGCGACCGGGCUGACGAUCUACCUGGCCGGAGGGCAGGGGCAGGUCGUGGGCGGGAGCGUGGUGGGGACGCUGACCGCGUCGGGACCCGUGGUGAUCAUGGCGGCGUCGUUUAGCAAUGCCGCGUACGAGCGGCUGCCGCUCGAGGACGAGGAUCCGGGGAUGGCGGGGCAGCCUGCUCCGAUUGGAUCGCCCGGCGGAGGUGUGGGGUCCGCCGUGCCACCUCAGCAGCAACAACAGCAGCAGCAGGUUAUGGGUGGGGCCGGGUCGGGUGACCCGAGUGGAGCUCCGAUGUUUCACGGGCUGCCUCCCAACCUACUCAAUUCCAUCCAGUUGCCCGCCGACGCCUACUGGGGCGGCGGCAACGGUGGUGGUGGCGGCGGGGGACGUCCUCCUUACUAG